AUGAAUGAGAAUAAAACGGUUUCCAAGAAAACGGAGGAAGCAUUAAGAGUUUCUCGCCCAUAUGACAUUUUUUGUUCGCCAUUGUAUUGUCAUCAGGGAUGGUGUCCAUGUUAUUCAACAGCGUUUUACUACCUUCGAGAGGGGUAUCCCAAUCAUGCGCGCAUUGCCCUUGAAAACGGAAUGAAGCGCUACCCACAUGAUGACCUCUUAAAGUUCCACAUGGCCGUGAUCUUCGCAAUUGAAGGUGAUCCUCAAAUUUCAUUCCCUUGCUAUUGUCCAGGUAACUUACAAGAGGCAAGCAAGCGGUUCAGUGAGUUUAAAGAUAAAGAGGAUUUCCAUCUGGCCUCCGUGGUUGCAUUGGCUCAGGCGCACAAAGCUUAUCCAGAAACUGAUGCCGAGGCUGUGAAGGAAUUUGAAGCGAAGACUCGUGAACUACGAAGACAUGCUUCCUCUACGGUAGUGAAUCUCAAUUCGACUUCUGACUUGCAGAAAGACCUUGUAUUACGCAGCUUUAGUGCUAUUCUACUUGAGAAAGUACGAAAAAUCCCGAGAGCCCUAAACCUAAAUGGUUGGAUCGAUAUGCUCCUCAAGGACGAAAACGUACGGAAAAAGGCAAUUCGUUACUUCGAGGGUUCAACCGGUGACGACGAAGCGAUUGGCAUCGAGUGUCAAAUGGGCAGGGCAUACUAUUUUCAGCUGUCCCGUUCCUAUUCCGCGGCUCUCGACAUUAUAAACAUUCUUAUUGUAAAUUUCCCCAAGUAUAUCCCGGCGAUUAUUGCGAAGAUGCAUUUACAAUUGAUCUCACAAGACUGGGAACAGGCAAUGGAUACUUCGCAAAGGUGCCUCACUCUAGAUUGCAACUGCGUUGAUGCUUUGAAGUACCAAGUUCUCCAUGCACUCUGUCACUCGGGCAAUAUAUCGGAGGUAAUUUCGUUUGCAGACAAGCUUUUAUUGUUAAUUCAGGCGAGGAAGGCUAUAAACGAGCUUACACGCGCCCUGGAUGAUUCAGAACCCAACUACGCAGAACAGUACUAUAUCAAUUCGAAGUACUUUGCACCCCUUUGCGCCAGGGAUACCGUCAUUCUCCAUAAGCUUUUUCAACUCGCCGAACGAGCCGCUUCACUUGAUAAUCGGAACCACCACUACGACAUCAACAUUGGAAGAAUCAUGUUGCUCCAAGGCCACCCAAAAGAGGCGAGCAGACAUUUCCAAUCGGCACUGGAGUUUUCUGAGACUAGUGUGGUGGCCCUACAGGGUAUCGUCGAAUGUCAGCUUGCCCAAGACAACGUCAAAGAAGCGUUAUCACAAUUAGAGUUUUUGGAUGAAUUGCAACAGACGAUCGGGAAAUCUGCUGAAUUAAGUUAUUUGGCCGCCGUGCUUGGCAGAAAACAAUCAAGCUCGUCACAGAAGAUUUUGGCAAAGCUGGACGAAGCUACUGAGCUUCAUCUCAAGAGUUUGGAGGGAUGUGCACGCGGAAUUCGCUACUAUGAACAAAUGAAUGCAGAUUUUAUGAUUCAGCUAGUCAUGGAAUAUUUGGCUCAGGCACCACAGCAGCCUCCAGGAAUGACAUCGAUCAGCUUGGAUGCACAUAGUGCGGAAAUAACUACUUUCCGGCACCCAGAGGACGGUCCACUUACUCGCUGUUUGCGGAUACUAGACCAAAUAACAACAAAUGCCCCGGGGUACCAGAAAGCGCUCUACCUGACGUCUUAUGUACACUACUUACUCGGUGACAGCAUGAUGGCACUAACAAUUGUGAAGAAAUGCUUGGAUUUGGAUUCAACGCUUGUGGACGGCCACAUUCUAUUAGCUCAAAUAUAUCUUUACCAAGGAAACCUAAAACUGGCUGAACAGGCACUGGAAACCGGACUGAGUAACAAUUUCGAGGUGCGAAAUCAUCCCCUGUAUCAGCUUGUCCGUGCAAGACUGCUAACUAAACAAGGCAACGCAAAAGCUGCAGUCCAGAUUUUGAAACAAGCCAUUUCUUCAUUAGGCAAUUCACAAGCGAGUCGCUCCCACAAACGCACUGGAGACAAUAUUGGCUUCGAUGUCAGCAAGGCAGUUUCUAUGAAUGAUCAACUGACGCUGUCACUAGAACUGGCGGAGGCACAUCAUUCUCUAGGAGAGACGCAUGAAGCAACAAAAGCGCUUCAAGAUGCUCAAAUGGCCUAUGCUGGAAGCCCAGAGCUUGGCAGAAUCACAAUUGCGAGUGCCGAUCUCGCUCUGAGUCAGGGUGAUCAUGAAAGUGCAUUAUCAACUUUGCGCACGAUUCGGCCGGAACAUCCCUACUAUCUGACGGCGAGGCAACAUAUGGCCAACAUUUACCUACAUCACCGAAAGGAGAAGAAACUUUAUGCUGCUUGUUACCGCGAAUUGGCCGAUAAACUGGGAACUACUGAGGCCCAUUUCCUUCUGGGCGAUGCAUUAAUGACAAUCCAAGAACCAGAGCGGGCAAUGGAGGUUUAUGAGACAGUUCUGAGGAAGAACCCGAACGAUCUUCGUCUCGCUGCCAAAAUGGGUCAAGCUCUGGUAAAGACACAUCAGUACGCCAAGGCCGUGUCAUACUACGAGGCUGCGGUCAAGAGCGGUCAACCAGCACUGAGAUUGGAUCAUGCCAGCUUGUUAGUGAAGCUCAACCAGAACGAAAAGGCAAAGCGAGUUCUGACUCCGAUGAUGACCGAAAAAAAUGCUGCAUGUUCUCUUGAUCCCAGUGAACUAAGAAGGGCACUACAAUUACUGGGGGAUAUGUGUGCGGGUGGAGAGUCAAACAUCCAGGAAUAUAUUGAUUUGCUAACUCAAGCGAAAUCAAUCCAGUCGCGUCGUCUGAACAGGAUGCAAACCAGCGAAAGUGGAGAUGCGAUCGCUGAGCAGCGCUUAAUCUUGGCAGAAAUUUGUCGUCAGCUCGCAUGCCUGAAUGAAAAACUAUAUCGCUCACUUCAGAGUGACAGAACCUUGAAUGUCAAAGAGAAAGUUCGAGCGAACGACGACCUGACCAAAGGCGAUAAGAUGACCACCAGUGCCAUCACUGCGGGUAUGUCGGCAAAACAUAUGGAAAGCGCGCUUGUACUUUGUCGGGACUGCAUGGAUCACGUCGCAGCUAUAAUUGGAAAGAAAAAUAGCGUCGAUUCUUAUCAACCGCUUACACUAGGAAUGAUACGGUCCCAUCUAGGCGGAGAAACAGGUCAGAUUCGUCUACUGGCCAUUCAGCUCGAGAUAAAAGCUCUGGCGCAACUCUCUUCUUUGAAGUUACUUGAGGCAGACUAUGCCAGUUGUGAGCAACAGGCACUAAGGCUGGCUCAGCUACAGGAGGAAGUCGAGGCCUAUCAGAUCGAAGCACUGGCUGAUAUGAACGGAGGCAUGGGCAACCGUGGUCAAACAGUCUUGAGCGAAAGUCACGGAAGAGUCGAUUUGAUUCGUAUGCUUGAUGGAAUCAAAUCAGCAAGUUCAAUACUCGCUGAGCUCUCCUACAACAAGGCCGACUUUGAAGCAACUGCCAAACAUCUGGAAAAUGACUUGCGGAAAGACCCAACCAACUAUCAAACCUUAAGUUUCCUGGUCGACGCAUUGCGCAGAGCAGGUCAAAUCAGCCGUGCAGUAGAAUGGGUUGAGAAAGCUCGUGCCAUAGAUGUCUAUGGAAGUGCGUCUGCUGGCUACAACUUUUGUCGUGGCCUUUGUUACUCUUUUACGGGAGAGUCGAUUCUGGCGUUGCAACAUUUCAAUCGUGCACGCAUGGAUAGCGAUUUUUCAGAAGAAGCAAUCUAUCAUAUGGUGGAUAUUUGUUUAGCCACGGACUACCAAGCAACCUAUGAACACUUUUCGGACGCUGGACAGGUAACGAACAGUUCAAACACUGCUACAUCCGGUCAGAAUAAAAUAACAGACAAUCUAGUUUCCUCCGAUGAGGUUACGAAAGUUCGGGGAUAUGAGGUUGCUGAAAACCUGCUAAAUGAAUUGCGAGUGGUCAGAAACAGGAAGAAACAUCUGCAUAGAAUCAAUAUGGUUUUGGUCGCAACGGGAUCAAAGGCAAAAGUGGAGGCGGUUCUGGAAACAUUCGCCCGUAUGGCUCAAGAAGACGUAUGUUUCAUGGAUUCUGUUCAUUUUCAUGCUAUUGCUAAUCCUGAUAACUGCUCCCUGAUCUACGGAGCGGCCGCCUGCUACAUUGCUUUGAAUCAGAUACAGAAGGCACGUAACCAACUGAAACGCUUGGCUAGGGUUCCUUGGAAUGCAGAACCUGAUAACUGCUCCCUGAUCUACGGAGCGGCCGCCUGCUACAUUGCUUUGAAUCAGAUACAGAAGGCACGUAACCAACUGAAACGCUUGGCUAGGGUUCCUUGGAAUGCAGAAGCUGCAUCCCCCCAAGACAACACUAAGCAGAUGUCCGUCAACCUUCUUCUUGAAAAUUAUACUAACCCAGAGAAUUCCACGUACACAUUUCCCUGCCCUACUGAGCAUGUAACAACGUUCGUCAGACACUACUCAUUAUGCAGACCUUUCACAGCAGCACAACACCUGGAAAAAGCUAAGUAUCCCCCGAGAAUAAAGUGUUCCAAAACGAUUCUGUAUUCUAUGCAUUUUUCAGAGUUUCGAGUAAACUCAAUAUUUUUUGCGCCUUCCCUAACCGGGGCUUAUUUUCUCCUCGAAAAUCCUAAUGUGAUUAUGCAUGAUUCGGAAGAUUUGGAACUAUCUUGGCUACUGUUAGCUGAGAUAUAUAUUAAGAUUGGCAAAACUGAAUUGGCUCAAGAGCUGCUCAAAAGAUGCUUACAAUACAAUAAGUCAUGUACUAAAGCAUACGAAUUUACUGGGUACGUGAUGGAAAAGGAACAAAACUUUCACGAAGCAGCACGAAAUUAUGAGCUUGCUUGGAAUAUUUCAAAUAGAAGCAAUCCUUCAGUUGGCUACAAACUGGCACACGCCCGUUUAAAAAUACGUCAGCUACUUGAAGCAAUCGAAGUAUGCUUACAGGUAUUGGCGGUCUACCCUAAUUAUCCCAGAAUAAAAACAGAUGUAUUGGACAAAGCGCGGCAACAGUUGCGUACCUGAGGGUAUCUGAGAUCAAUAAAUCUUUG